AAAUGGACUUAUUACAACCAGGAGAUUUUGAAGUAGAAGAGGUGUUCGGGGUAGGACAGACCUUUAAGGGGGUUUGGGGACUCGAAGAGAGAUAUGAGGAAGAGAUUUGAGGAAGUCAAGAAGAAAUGGAGAAGGAAGAGGGGAAAGCAUGGUUGACAGGAGUGGGAAAGGAUGAAUGGGGCUGUAAUGAGCAGCAGGAGAGCUCUCUUUUUGAAGAGAGAGAUUUGGAGAAUGCUGAAGAGAAGGAAUUUUAUGAUUUUGGUUUGAGAAAAAAUUUGAACUCAAAAGAAGAUCCAAAACAUAAAGUGGAUAUUUCUAAAUCAUCCAGCUCAAAUUUCCAAAAUUUCAGAAAUAUAUUAAAGGUGAAAAAUCAAGAGAAGAUUCCUUUAUCAACUAGCUCAUCCCCAAAAGCAAUAAAGAUGAGAAACUAUACAAUGAUGGUUGAUUGCCUUCUAGGCUCUUCUAUGAGAAGUUCUGGAGUCACUGAACUUUCUCUUCGGAAAGACGUAAUUCAUAAAAGAAUCUUGAGAGGGUUUAAGAAAUGCAUCGUCAAAUUGUUCGACUCAAUUAGAAUAAGACCUUGCAGACUUAGGAAUGGAGACACCUCGUUCAAACUAGAAAUGAUUCGUGAAGCCCAAAGGCUCAAUAUUAUUAACUCAGAACAAGGUGAACAAAUCGGAGACUUCAGCGAGUUCCUUUGCUGGAUGGCCAUGAGCAAAAACACCAAGAAGACCAAGUCUCUCUUCGAUGUUAAUAAUAAGUCGAUAUUGCUAAUGGAUGAGAUCCUUACAAAAUACUCACACAGUAAACUUGGAGGUCUCUACGGUGACUCAAACAUAAGAAUGUUAUUCCAUUACUUCAUAAGUAAUGGACUUGAAGACUUCUUGGAUGGGUGUCCAAGUGAUAAGAGAGAUCUCUACCAAAAAUGUGCUCAAGAGAUCUAUUAUAAUUUCAGUAAUUAUUACUAAUAAUCAUUUAUGAUAAA